AUGUUUGUAGGACAAAAUGUGACUUUGGAGGCGGGAAAUGGCACAAUCCGGUACUAUGGGCGCACGCAGUUUGCACCUGGGGUUUGGGUAGGCGUGGAAUUGACACAACCGGUGGGAAAAAAUGACGGUUCUGUUGGUGGAAUUUCUUAUUUUCUGUGUCCUCCAAACCAUGGAAUCUUCGUGAGAGAGUCAAAGGUACGACAUGCUUCCGAAAAUGGGGACCAAGUUGGAAAUCCGUCUUCAGAUGGCUUUUCUAAUCAGAACCUGAAAUUAUUGGGGUCGGUAGAUCACCAGCUAAUAGCUAUAAAGAAGCAACUUGAAGCUUCAGAAAAAAGCGUAGAUGCUGCUGAAUCAAAGAUAGAGAUGCUUUCUGUUGACAAGGAGGUUCUUGAGACCGAAAACGAAGAAUUGAGGCAGGAACUCGAUUCCCUCCAUGUAAAGUACAAUGAGCUCAAACUGGAACUUGAAGCUCUCAUGGAAGAGUCGGAGCUCAACCGGCAGUUGGAGCAGCUAGUUUCUGCCCAAGUGGACGUGUCCGAUUUAUCAGAAGAGGAAAUAAAACUGAUAUUGGUGAAAAAUAAGGCGUUGGAACAGAAACUUGAAGACAACAGCGAAAAAUUACUGGCAAUGCUGAAGCAAAUUCAGACACUUACAGAAACCACUGAACAGUCAGAAUUGAAGCUGGCGUCUCUUUCUCGACUUGAGCAGAAACUAGCAGAUUCGAAAGAAAUAAUCGACUCUCUACAAGCACAGUUGGAUACAAAUUCAAAUGUUGAUGAAAUCGUUGAUCGUCUUACGGGAGAAAACCACGAAUUGACUGCCAAGAUCCAAACUCUAGAAAGCACAGUUUUGGACCUUAAUGAACUAGUAGAGUUGGAUCGUGGGCUCGAGGAGAAACAUGCCGAAGUUGAGUCUGAUUUGAAGAAUACUUUGUCUGAAAUGAGCAGAGAAAACGACAGGAUAAAAGCUCAGCUUCAACAGCUAGAAGUUUCUAAUAAGCACCUUCGUGAAAAACUUGAGGAAUUUGCCAAAGAUGUCCAUGCUGACACCAUUUUGAUUGCAGAAACUCCAAUUUCAAGACCUAAUAUUCAAUCUUUUCGUCUAGCUCAGCCCCCACAGUCUCUGUUUUUUGACUGUAUCUAUACUGCCAACGAGAUCACAUACUUAACCCAAGUGAUUAUCAGUCGUCUACGUCAUAUGAGACCUUUAAACACCCAGGUUGUUUGCAGAUACGAGUCCCUCAAGCGGUGUAUGAGAUUGAUAGUGACAUCAUUGGAGUGGAACUUGAUGAGGGGUGAUGAUCAGAUGUUGCAGUCUCUUUCUCGAACGCUUGACAAAGUAUCUGCCAACAUAGAGAUACAAGAAUAUGACCUUGAUGGGUCAGAGUUUACUCUCCUGUUUAUUUUGGAGGUGUUCGAAAUGGUUCCUCAUGGCAAGUUCCACACACAGUUCACUAUAGAAUACUGCUUGUUACAUUUGGAACUGUUAAAGUCAACUUUUGGUGAUUUCCUGUCCAGUGAUAUUGACAGCUAUAUUCAACGAUUGGUUGCGUUUCGAGAAGAAUUGAAAAAAUGGAGUGUUGAUGACGAUGCAGAGUUUGAGACUCUUGAUUUUUCGUGGUAUAAAAAGAUGGACAAUAUCCAUAAUAAUGAACCUUCUAAAGUAGAUUUACUAUCUGAAAUGUUGUCCCAAUUGAACAAGUUUUUAAGCCAAGAACGAAAGCCUCAAUUUAAGCUUCAAGAGAGGAAUAAGGCCCUUUCGUCCAACAAAACCACCGAUCCCAAACCACCACUUGUGGAUGCUGAUCGUCUUCGCAAGAUUCACGAUCUUGAGAUCAAUGUCGAUAUACUCCACAAAGCCCUUGAGACUGCCAAUAUUAACCACCAAAAAUCGUACAAAACUGUUUAUGACGAGUUGGUGGAGAUCAAGCAAAAACAUAGCGACCUUAAGCUGCAACUCAGUGAAUUGGAAAUUUCCAAAUCUAAAUUGGAAAAAGAACUUGCAAACUUUCAACAGUUCGAAUCCUAUCUUGCGGAUUUGUACAAAGACCCAAAUGCCGAAAUUGGUAUGAAGAAAGUCUCUUUGAGAGCCCUAGCAUAUAAAAGUGAAGCUGAGUUUUUACGACGGGUGGUUUUGGAAAAUAAACCAACAACCAACAAAGUUGAUUUUGGUCCUCUCGUCCCAAAGUUGAAAGGUCACAUAAAUCCACUAGGCGACUGUGGGCAUUAUCUUCAAAAGUUAGCCAUAAGUUGCAAGCCGGUAAGAAUCAGGCUUUCAAACGAAUGGGUGCCUCGAAAAGAGAACGCAGAGUACAUUCUUGCAGUGCAAAAGGAGGAAAGAUGUCGCUACGAAGCAAUGAGAGAAAGUGCUUUCAAGUCAUCAAUCAUUAAUUAG